UCGGCCGGCCCUGAGCCCCAGCAGCGUGCCGCAGCUAUCGCCGCGCCGGAGGCUCAGCCAUCACCGGGGUUUCAUCGGAAGCACUGCACGAAACGAGUGGUGGUCCGCUGGGAGCCCGUUUAGCCGCGCUAGGGAGGUACUGCCCGUUUGCCAGCAUGAUCAAGAGGCAGUUAGCUACUUGCUUUAAAUAUGUGUUAAAUCUACAAAACGUAAUGACUUCAUGGAGAACAAGAUUGGCCCUGUGGCAUGUGCCCAAAAAAUUGGCUGUUGACUUCACUGAACUGAGUGGAAACUUUGAAAUGAAGAGCAACGCAAUGGAGCCCUUAGGCCCUGUUUCUGCCUGUCAGAAUGAGUGUACAGCUGGAGGAUGUUCAGGAGAAACAGGAAAGCAUAUGGCUGACUCUUUUAAGGCUUCAGACUUGAUUAUCACCCCAGCUACGACUUUGAAGGAAAAACCAGACCCCAAUGGUUUGGUGUUUGGAACUGUGUUCACUGAUAAUAUGCUGAUAAUUGAAUGGUCCUUGGCUUCAGGAUGGGAGAAACCUUAUAUUAAGCCACUUCAGAACCUUUCAUUGCAUCCAGCCUCCUCAUCUCUGCAUUAUUCUGUAGAAUUGUUUGAAGGACUGAAAGCUUACCGAGGAGUGGAUGGCAGAAUCCGCCUGUUCCGGCCAACCCUCAACAUGGAGAGGAUGGCACGAUCAGCAAGACGAGCAACUUUGCCACAUUUUGACCAGAAUGAGCUUCUAGAGUGCAUCCGGAAGCUUGUGGAAGUGGAAAAGGAGUGGGUCCCAUACUCAACCGCUGCCAGCCUUUACAUCCGUCCUACCUUAAUUGGAACUGAGCCUUCCCUUGGAGUGAAGAAGCCAACUAAAGCCCUACUGUAUGUCAUACUGAGCCCUGUGGGCCCUUACUUUGCAAGUGGAAGCUUUAACCCCAUAUCCUUAUGGGCAGAUCCGAAAUAUGUAAGAGCCUGGAAAGGAGGAACGGGGGACUGCAAACUAGGAGCGAAUUAUGGUUCUUCUAUUUAUGCCCAGCAAGAGGCCCUGGAAUUCGGCUGCCAGCAGGUUUUGUGGCUCUAUGGAGAAGAUCAUCAAAUAACUGAAGUUGGAACAAUGAAUCUGUUUCUCUACUGGAUAAAUGAAGAUGGAGAAAAUGAACUGGCAACCCCACCUUUAGAUGGCAUCAUCCUUCCAGGAGUGACAAGACAAAGUAUUUUGGAUCUGGCACACAAUUGGGGAGAAUUCAAAGUGUCCGAACGGUACAUCACUAUGGGUGACUUGACAGCUGCCUUGGAAGAGGACAGAGUAAAGGAGAUGUUUGGUGCUGGAACAGCCUGUGUUGUAUGUCCUGUCUCUAAAAUUUUAUAUAAAGGCAAGCACUUGCACAUUCCAACUAUGGAGAAUGGACCUCAGUUAACAACACGUUUCCUGAAUAAGCUGAGUGAUAUCCAGUAUGGAAGAGAAGACAGCGACUGGGCAGUGUUGGUGUCAUGAAUGUGGAAGAGUUCAGACCCUCCAGACAGAACAGACAUGAAUAAUGAUAACUUCUGUAGCUGUCUGUGCAUAGCAUAGUUCCUGUAUCAGUUUGCUCCCAGGAUGAUUGUUUCCACAAUCCAACGAAUGUGAAUGCAAUCAUUUUGAUUUAUACUGUAAUCCUGUUGGUAAACACCUGUCUUGGUAGAGGUGCUGAAUGUUAGCAAUAGAACUUUCCUAAUGGUUUUCUUAGAGCCUCCUUGUGUCUUAUAUACAGUCUGAAAACUUGUAAAAUGCUCUUCAACUGCUCUUCAGUUUGAUUUGUUUUGACUGCCAUCAUCAGCAGAGCACCUUGUCAUAUAACACAAAGAUGCCUAUUAGAUGGGCACUGACAUUAUUCUGCCUUUUGCUCUGUGUUUGGGAAACAAGUUUAGCCAUAUGCUCUUUCCUUUUGUACUCUGCUUGUGUGGAGUUCAUGAGUUCACAUAGCCCUCUUGAUCCCCUGAUGCAGGCUUUGUCAAAUAACGGCUCUGUCCUCCAGGCCCAAGUUCUCUGAGUCGAUCAUGCUUGCAAUAUGCUCCCUGUUGACCUACUGCCCCUCCCUCCAUGGGGAUAUGCAGUGGCUGCUUGGGCAGUGUGUACCUCUUCAAUAGUUGAAUACAUCCUUCGAUACAUGAUCUGAAUGGCUGGGUCAGGCCCUGUUGAGACAAGAGUGACUUUGUCUGGUCUAGCACAGAGCUGGACAUUGCAGACAGUAUUGCCUUCCAGAUGAGUGUCUAGAAAAUAAGAUUACAGAGGUGUGGCUGUGAAAGUUGAAGAACUCCUUCACAGCAACCAAACCUUUGGCUUGAGGAAUUUCUUUCAUCAUCCAGUUACAUAAUUUAGAUCAGCAAAAUAUUUUUCUUGUUCCCUUUACCAGUCACUGUGAAAUGCAUCUAGCUUCCAUUGACACAGGUGUACUUUAAUAGAGCCUUCCUAUUAAGGAGCAAGCUAUGUUAUCAACAGAAAGGAUUUAGCAUAAGGAAAGAGAUUUUAUUCAAACCCUGGUUUCAUUCUGAUGAAGCGCAUACUACUUCAUAUAGCACUACUUUCUCACAUACAGUCUUGAUACUAUUUGGAAGCAAUAUCGAGCAUGUAGCUGGGGAAAUUACUUCUGCAAAUAUUCACUAACAGUCAUACUGUAAUAUUUAUUAGCUUUCUCUUUUUGCACACAGCUUUGUUGAACAGCUUUAAGAUAUCUCUUGCCAAAAAGAAUCACCAUAUUCUGUAUCAAUCUUCCAAAGUGCUACUUCAGUGUAAAACUGGUGGAACUUUAUUGACACUAAUGGAGUCCUGUAAGAGGUAAAAGUGAAACAUUUAUUGCCCUAGUUUGGAGUAGAGAUGCACCAGGAUUAAGGAAAAUAUUUAGCACUUUAUUUUUUUUAAGACCCAACAGCAUCUCUCCUAUGCUUUAGAAGUCCUCUGCAGUUACUGACAGUUAUUAACAUAGUUUAAGAAGACAUACUAUUAUUUCUAAUAGACCGUCCAUGCCUUACACAACUGCUAAAAAGUAGCCUUAUGGCUUUGCUGUUCAUUUUUUAUCAGAUUUUAAAGACAAGUCCUACUUAGCCAUCACUACCUUUUGCUUCCUCAAAUCAUGCCUUUUACUACCUUUCACUGCAGUCCAAUCUAAUAUUUUAAUGAAGAACAGUUGAAGGUUCUCUCUGACAAUGUAACCAUUGUUAAAACUUGUAUAGUUUUCUCUUUAGGAUACAACUGCAAGCACAAAAUGUUAUUUCACUUAUAGUAGCAAUAGUAUUGUGUGUUGGCUUUUCUGACCAUUUGAAACUGUAUUGUGUGCUGGUCUUUGUUUGGUAUCUUACUAUCUAUUAUAAGCUGCUGGUAUCUUUAAUUAAACGGGUGGAAAAAUUAACAAGGGGAAUAUGUCAAGAUGCAAUGUGGGGUAGAGAGUUUUAUCCAAUGAGACAAGUGUCAUAACUAAAGAGUGCCUUUAACUAGGGUGUGGCAUGGAGCUCUCUAAAGAUUAUAUAAUGAGCAACCACAGGUGGCUUGCUUUUACUGAACUAUAUAAUACAUCCCCUUAUGUUCCUCUUAGAUUUAGCAGCAAAUGAAAAGUGGAAAUAUCUAACUUAAGAUGUGUGGCAAAGUACUUGUAUCAUACCUUAACAGUUCAGGAUGUUGAUAGAGUUGGCAGGUAUCACAUCAAAAAUCUCCAUGAAGGCAUCGGUAUACUAGCAGUAACAAGCAGAAUGAAUAAGGACCAGAAUUAUUUUACUGUGGUGUAAACCUGAACGUUGUGUAAAACUCUUCUUAAAUUGGAUUCAAGUAAUUUUAUGUAAGGAGACUAGGCGUUUUCAUUUAGUGUUGUUUGCACUGUUUCCUGCAUUGACCAGAGAGACACUUUUCCUUUGACUGAACAUUUUGAGCUGAUGGACACUUCAAAAUGAUGUGAGUUGAAACUGAAAUAACCCACAGAAAUGCUUAGACUCUUCUAGCAAGGAAGAAUGAAAAUGUGUAGUGUCUUAACAUGUGUAUGUUAACUGUUGUCUUUAACAUCUUGGUUAAAUGGUAUCCAGGUGAAUAGGUUCUAGAUUUUAAACUUUAAAACCUAAUAAGGGAGCUGGCAGGUCAGUAUAAUACAGGAAAUUCUUCUGAUAUUGCAUGCUGUCCUACCCUGCAUUCUACCACUGCUUUUUUAUCCUGUUAACCAAAGGAAACAAAUAAUAUGUGUAAAUAAUAGUGUUUGGUAUUGCACUCCCCUGUUUUCGCCUGUAAAAUUUAGGAGAGAACUGCGGUAUUCCCUAAGCUAAUAACAGUUUGUAAAAGAACAUCUGCACAUCUUUUCUCCAUGUGCCCUGUUGGUUUAAUUGCCACAGAUUUACAUAGAAAGAGUAUGGUACAUCAUAACUAGGCAAUUAUCCAUUCUUCAUCACUUAGUUAUGGCUCUGCUAAUUGAUCAUUUAAGACGUAAGAUAGUCUAACAUUAUGAGAAUUUGAGACUAUUCAAAAAAGAUCAACAAAUUAAUAUUGUUGUGUGAUAUUUGCAUAAUUGGCUGCAAUUAUUUAAUGUUUAAUUGGGUUGAUCAAAUGGGAUUCAGCCUUUCACAUGCUUAUGUUUUACAAACACUGCUACUUUAAAAUGAUAAUAACAAACUCCAGUUUUUUUUGUGGUCUUUCUUCUCCCCUUCAUUCUUUUGAUGAUUAUUUUCAGUACUGAGCAUGUCUUUAGUUUUCUGUUGCAUAAGCAUGAUUCAUGUGUAGGGAAAGUCCUUCAGAUGAGAGAACUCUUCAUGAAACUGGCAUUUCAUACAAGCUGUUCUGAUACCAAAACUUAUGGCUUCAGCAACUGGUAUUACUUAACUAGAUUCUUAACUGCAGUAAGGGCAAAUUCACUGAGAAUUUACAGUGACAGGAUCUGGUGAGAAUGCUAAUAAAGCUUCCUGCUUUGGGUAGAUAAUCUCUUCAGUCCAUAGAAGUGCAAAGAGAACUUAAUUUUUUUUAGGGGUAUAGAAGGGAAGUCUGAUAAGACAAAAGCAAGAUAGUGAGAGCUCUCUCUGCCCAGCCAUUGUUUACACCUAUUCAACUAUCUCAAGCUAAAAAGCAGCCGACCUUCUCUUUCUAGAUAAACUCUUAUUUAGGGUUUACCUAAUUCAAAGAGAUAUCAUUGAUCCCCUCCUCUAUACUUACUUUAUACUUAUUUUCCCUCGGGCAUGAAGAAUGCUGAUGUUGUAAAAUGUGGUAUUUGAAAGUUUCAUUUGGAGUGCAAGUUAUUUGAAAUGUCUGUCUUAUACAUGGUCUUCCAAGGAAGAAAACCAGCUGGAACUGAUGUCAUAGAUGCUUCUUUAGAGGAGGAACCCUUUUGAAUUCAGUGGCCUCUGUCUGUUGACAGUGCCUUGCCAUGAAAUAUAAUAUGGAGAUGGUAGCACAGCUUGCCAGACGAUGUAUGGCUCAUUGUCUCUCUCUGCAUGAGAUUCAUCCUGUUGAUGAUAAAUUUAAUGUUUUAGUGGCAACCUUGUAUACUGAAAGGUGGGCAGGUGUAAAUGAUGGCUGAGUGUACCCUGAGGUGGGCUGUUCAUUGCUGCCUUUCUUUGCCUUCCACACAGACUUGCAGCCGCUUUUCCUCAGCCUCGUAUCAUGAUGCCACUUCGUCUCCUAUCUAAAAGUGACUAUUAAAGCAAGUUUUGCUUUCAACAGUAGUGAUAGUUAAAAAAAGAAAAGCAUUUUGGUAUCUUGCAGGUGUUCAGGGGUCAGAAUUGUACUUUGUCACCUGCACAGGUAAUGCCUCAUGUUACAGAGACUGCGACUGACUUUGUGACCCUGGGCAAGUUCUCUAACCUCUUUGUAAGCACAGAGUAGUAGUACCACCACUUUUACCACUUUUAACUCAAAUCCAGAUUUUUACAUGAAAGUUAUUUUACUGCAGAUCAAAUAAGCUUUCCAGAAAGCUUUUUAAGUGGCAGAGAAAGAUGCUGUGUGGAGUCCAGUAUUUGAAGCAUUGCUUGAGUGGCAGUAUCUUGAUUAUGCAGGAGAAAAAUGUUAUUCAAAUAAGAAAUCUAUUUAAUGUUUUCUGUAUGAACCUAUAAAGAAGUAAAAUAUGUAGUUCAGAAUAUAAAGUAGCAUACAGAAAAUCUUGAAACAAGAAUUCACCUUCACCUCUCAUACAGCGCUAUCUUAUUUUAAAGUGAUGUGCUUGAAGUAAGUAUUGUACCUCUUAAUGUAGAAGCACUAGAUUACAACUAUUCUAGAAGUACGCUUUGUCAUGCAGCACUGAGACAGACCUCUCUCAAUCUUGACUACAGUUUUUCUGAACUGCAGUAUUUAGUAGUUAAGAAGUGUCAGAGUUAUGUUUUACUGUAUUUUGUCACUAUUCUCAAGAUUUGGAAAAAUAAUUUGUAGGUCCUAAAUUAUUUAAGUAACUUCUUAAUAAGUAUUUGUAGAUUUAGUCAUAAUAGCAAAAUAGAAUAUUGGUAUUGCACUAGUGAGAAAUACUAUUGUAGUAGUCCUUCUGUCCAUGCCUUGCUUUAAACAUGACCAUUAGUGGGAAUUCCAGGAUAUUUCCCCUGACUAUGCAAGAAUCUGAGUGCCAUCUACAGCACACUUGGCAAAUAUAUCCCCAGCUCUGUAAACAAAGCUAACUUAGCUAUUACCUUCAGGUAGAACAGUCAGGUACAUUAGGGAUUAGAUAGAGAACAAUACUGAACUAGAAUAGUCAAUCCUUAGACUUGGAAUAACAUUUUGGAAUUAGUAGCUCAGAUUCUUAUUAACCACACUAGUAGGAUCAACCACACCCAAAUUUACUAAAAAUAAAGGUGUUUAAAUUUACUAGUAGUAGUAGCAUGGCUAGAUCCUCGUUUCUCUCUCUGAACAUGAAUUUAUACUCUUUGGUUAUCUUAAAACUCAGUUUAGUGUAUCUGGUUUUUACCAUUUUUACCACAAUCCUGAAUUUUUUAUCUUAAAUAAAAUAUUAAAUUUUGUGUUUAUAGGAAGAUCUUAAGGAGGAUUUAAGAGCUUGAUACAGAAUUUUAAAGUCUUUAAAAUAUCUGCUGGAUAACGUUAAGGUAAAAAUAAAAAGACGACAACUUUGUGGAAGUUAUUAACUACAGUGUUCUAAAUGAUUUUCCAGUACUGGUCAGUUUUGUUUUUUACCAAAGAGGUAAGCAGGGAAUAGCAGAUUAAGUGUAGUGCUUUUGUUUCUAAGCAAGAGUUGGGAAAGUUUCUAAGAGCUGGUUCUCUUAAUAAUGCUAACUCUUCAUAGGACCUGGUUCUGUCAUGUUUAGAACAGUCAUUUAAGUGUGAGAUGGAGGAGCUCAGAAGUUAUCUCAGGCGGUACUAUCUUGCAGGAACAGUUUUUCUUUCAUUUUAUGAUCAAAGUGAUCAAGAUAGGAGCAUGGAAUUUGUUAAAUUUUGCACUUUCAUUUUGGAGUUCUGUUAUAGUAUUACUGAGCUAUUAUUAGUAGGUUAUGGGAAGAAAGCAAACAUUCCUUAUGUAAUCAGCUUCUUCCUGUAUGCCAAAUGCCCUCUUCAUUAUGAUUUGGUCAUGGCUGGAAUUGUGGCCUCUUCAGGUGAAAUAACAGGGUUUUUUUCCUCUGCUGUACCCUAGUGCACUCUCGGGUUUUUAUGAAGUACUAAAUACCUGCAGCAAAUGCCAGAGCAAAGUCUUCUGUUUCCAGAAUAGGUAUGCUAACGAAUGAGGGUAAAAUUACCCAUCAAGAUAGGAGAUCAGAAGAACGUCAUUACCAUUCUCAUUCAGUCCAAAAGAGAGACUGUCCAGGUAUACCAAAUGUCUUUCAGGGUAGUAGAUUAUUAUUGCUAUUUAAGAUUGCUCUUAUUCAGUUGCUAAAAUACCUACAUCUGUGCCUACAUUUUCAUAAUUUGCGCCCUAGUAUAUUAACUGAAAGCUGCAACACACUUAUUUGUCAUGAAACAGUAAAAUAUUAGAUGGGAACAAACAGGUAAUGCUCCAGAUUAUCUAAUAGUGAGAAACUGUUUCCUACAGGUCAGUGGCCCAUUCUGUUCCCAUAAUUUAUACUUAUUUUCUAGUAGCCCAGUAGUUGACUGGAACUGCAAGUAGGAGACAAAUACAAGAUUAACUCUGUUCCAUAGUAGAGGAUGUUGACAGAGUGAAUCUAUUCCCUCCAUCUCCUGGGGAGAUGGCUUGGACUUUAGCUUGGCCGCUACAGUAGAGUGAUAGGGUGUAAAAGGUUCUUUGCCAUGAUGGAGACAAGUAAGAGUUUUAUCUGAAGCUAUCUGCAAACAAUUUCUGUCGAAGCAGUAAAUUUGGAAAGACAGAUGUCCCACUCUACCUGACCUUCAAAGUAUUUAGAAGGGUACAGUAGUAGUUACUGGGAUCAUACCAUAUAAGCAGUGGGAAAUUAGCAACUUAAAGAGGGAGAAGUAAACACCUCUAAAGGGUCUCUGUUUUCUCAAAUGUUAAAGUUAACUGCUUAUUUUACAAGGAUCUGAGCAUAUAAAACCAGUAAAAGACAGAUGUGUGAAAAAAUACUGGAUAAACUAAAGGAAACUCUACCUCAUUCUUCUCUAAAGGUUUUGUAGAAGCACAAUUAAGCGCUCCUAAUGGCAUUGUUAUGUAUGGACCAUCUGGCAUGAAAGAAACACUUUAUAUUUGUAUGUCUAUAAAUCCUGUAAUAACUGUAUUUUGCUGGCAGUAGAAACAGUCUAUACUAUUUGCAGUUUCCCUCAUCAAAUCUGUAAUUAUGCAAUGUUUCUGUCUCCAAUAAAGGAAUUUAAUGGGCA